AAUCUAGGACCACCUUUCCUUUUUGUAAAUGACAAAUCAACAAACCGUUACAAAAUACAACUUCUUUUAUCUGGAAAAAUAAUCUUGAUCCAUUGUUUUUCCACUAGUAGGUUCUUCUUCAUCUUUUUUUUUUUCUAAUUUUUUUUUUCAAUCAAUAUUAAUGUCUCUUUGAAUCUUCUAGUGGGGUUUCCUUUUUUUGAAAUUCUUCAAUGGUGUUUUCACUUUAUGUUGCUUUUUGGUUUAUGGGUUUUUUAAAGAAUGAACAUUUCUUGAUCCUUUUGAAGAAAAAAAAAGAUUAUAGCUUUGGUUGAAGAAAAUAUCCAGAAAAUAAUGUUGAUUUUGUUUUUCCACUAGUGGGUUCAUUUUCUUUUUUCAAAAAGAUUGAUUCUUUCUAUUAAAAUUUCACAUUUUGUUUUAAUCUUUUGGUGAAGUUUCCUUUUUUCUUUAGUUUGGUUUGUGGGGUUUUGAAGAAUGAGCAUUUUCUUUUUUUCAAAAAAGAUUGAUUCUUUUUAUUAAAAUUUCACAUUUUGUUUGAAUUUUCUGGUGGGGCUUUCUUUUUUCUAUAGUUUGGUUAGUGGGGUUUUGAAGAAUUAGCAUUUCUUGAUUGUUAUGAAGAGAAAAGGAGGGAAAGAUGGGUGAUUUGUGUUUUUUGAAGGGAAAAUUUCCAGGUGAUUGAGUCAAUUCUUGUGGAUUUAUCUGACUCUUGUUCUCUGCUGUAAAUUAGAAAACGUGUAGUUACUCUUCCGGUUAGAUGGCUGAAAGUUAUAUGUCUCAACUUGAUGUUGCUUCUUUGAAAGAAACGCUAUGUGCUCAACAACACCUUCUACAGAAGCUUUACAAUGAAUUGGAUGAGGAACGAGAAGCCUCUUCAAGUGCGGCUAGUGAAGCGUUAUCGAUGAUCUUGCGUCUCCAAGGAGAAAAAGCCGCAGUAAAAAUGGAAGCCGAGCAGUACAAGCGAUUGGCUGAGGAGAAAAUGUGUCAUGCCGAGGAAUCAUUAGCCAUUUUCGAGGAUCUUUUCUAUGGAAAGGAGAUGGAGAUAGCUGCAUUGGAGUAUCAGGUGCAAGCUUAUAGGUAUAAGCUGUUGAGCAUGGGCUGUGUAGAUCCCGGGGUCGGUGAAUUUAAAUAUCCUGAGAAUUUGUUGCAAAGAAACGAGACUUUAGCAGGCGAGAUGAAUCUCCAAGCCCUUGGAAGGCGUAAUUCCGCACCUCCUUUUCCUCUGAAAAUUCCAAAAAAGGGUGCUAUGGAAAUAGAUGAUUCAAGUUCGGAAAUAGAUUCAAAUUCGAAAACAGUGGAGGAAUAUACUGGGCAAGAGAUGAAUGAGCAGCAGUCGGAUGCAGAGAAGAAGACAGAUAUUUCCAUUUCGACGACUGGAAGUAUCAAUUCGUAUUGGCAACAGAUUCGGAAGUUGGAUGAUCGAGUGAAAGAUAUUACAGGAGUUAGCUAUGCGAACCUGAGGAGUGAAACGAGGUCUCCUUCACCACUUUCUCAAAGAAGCACUAAGAUAAGCAAAUCAGAAAAUGAAAUGUACCAGCCUCCUAAGCUUCACGUGAACAAAUCAGAAAAUGACACACCUGCUGAUUCUGGUUGUUCUCCGAAUGUUCUUGAUGUCUUCGAAGUGCCUCGAGCAGAUAAGGAUACCAUUGAUAUCGGAUUGCCUCCUAAACAUGAUCGCAAGAUGGUUUCGCAUAACGAUGAAAGGCUUGAGAGACUAGAUUCUGCCCAACAAGAGGCUGUAAAAUCAUCGGCUAGAGAUGAAGCUGAUUUGCUAAAGAAGUACUUUGUAUCUGCACAGCGAGAGUACAAGUUACGAAGAGCAAGUGAAGCUGCUGCUAUUACCUGCCAUUUGGCAAUAUCUCGUCCUACAACCAGCAUUUCUGAGACUAGUGAGUCUCAUCAGCUCAAUCGAACAUCUGAGAUAGUUGAAGUUGGAAGAGAAGCGACCAGACAAGAAAUGGCUCGAGAAGAAGAGCUGAAGUUGUUACACGACAUUAAGGAGCAACUAAAUUUGAUGCACUCUGAAAUCCAAAGUUUGAAAAUUGACAAACUCCCUCCAAGUGCUGACGACGAAUCAUCCUUACUUCUUCUAUCAGAGGCAAUGAUUCACUUUUGGCUCUGAUCGAUCUAUCAAAAGCUCGAGCACCAGCAGUCACCUGGAAUAGCCUCGACCGCUACAUAAUCAAGAUGCUGCCAUUCUGUGAACUCUGAAUAAUGUAAGAGUAGUUUUGGCUUUAUUGUGUGGUUGCGGAGAGAUUGAAUACAUUGUAAAUUGAUCGCGUAGAGUGUACAGUACCGUAUAGCCUUCAUCUCAUCAACUUAGUUGCAUCAAGAAGAGGAGUGUUUUCACAUUUGCUUAACAUUUUGACAUAAGGUUUUUGUUUUGACAUUGGAAACAGUUUCUCUACCCCGCAAAGGUAGAGUUAAGGUUUGUGUACAUCCUACCUUUCCCCAGACUCCACUUGUGAGUGUUAAGUUGAUUUGUGGGUGAUGCCACCACCUUUUUUUGGGGUUUAUUUCUUAAAUAUUGUUUCGUGUUAUGUUGACUGAGCGAGAAUUUCAUUUAUUUAUUUAUAUAGAUACCUAGGCUUUA